UUGAAUCGACCUUACUUAAGAGGAAAAGCGACGCUGAAUUUUAGCAUUGAAAAGUCCAAAUUUUGUGAGACUAGGUUAAUUGAGAGCAGAAGAUUGAGAGCAGAAUUGUUUCAUUUUUCUUUUUGGGUUUUAAUGUGUUUUUGUUUUUUAAUAAAUAUUUUUUACUGUUUAGUUUAAAAAACAAUCUAAUUUAAAUGUCGACUUCUGUAAAACACAGGGAUUUUGUUGCAGAACCAAUGGGUGACAAAGAAGUAACAACGGUUGCUGGUAUUGGGCCAGUUUAUGGCAAAAAAUUGGAAGAAAAGGGCUUCGAUAAGGCCUAUAUUUUGUUUGGUCAAUUUUUGUUAUUAAGGAAGGACAAAGAUUUGUUUGUGGAAUGGUUAAAAGAGGAAGUUGGUGCUAGCCAGCAUCACGCAACAGCUUGUUUCAAUUGUCUAGAUGAAUGGGCAGGACAACAUAUUUGA